AUGUCUUUCUGGUCUGGUGUCCUCCGCAAUCCCGCCCUCCCAAUUCGCUCCCGUGUAGCCUUCUCUCUCAAUCAAACCGCAAGAUCAUCAUCCCGACCCCACCACCUCCGGCAAGAACAACACCACCGCCCCUAUUCCUCCUCCUCUUCUCCCCAGUCCUCGCAAUCCAACCGCUCCCAAUUCAAAAUCCUUCCGUUCCUAGCAAUCAUCGGUAUUGGCUCUGGAUCCUACAUCUUCCUUGUCAAGUCGCGUACCGGCAUUCACAAACCGAAACCCGACUCUCAAUCUCCUGAUUCCUAA